AUGCUUUUACUAGAUUUGUGUUUGCUGAAUGUUCCCUUUGGUGGUAAGAUCGUGGUAUUCGGUGGCGAUUUUGGUCAAACUGUGCCUGUUGUUCCUAAGAAAACAUAUGCACGCGAGGAUCUACAUUUUUCAAGGUUUUUGAUUGCACAUGGAAACGAUGCAUUACAAUUAAUGGAAAGUGAAUUGGUCACCAUUCCUAUUGAAUUACGCUUAACGAAUGGAGAUGUCCAUGAAAGGGUUAUAUUGACACCAAGGAAUGAAGAUGUUGAUCUGAUUAAUUCAAAGCUCAUUGAACGCUCUUGCGGAAAUGCUUAUUUUUAUAAAAGCUCUAAUACAGUGAUUGAUGACCAUUGCAACAUAUAUCCGACAGAAUUUUUAAACACACUUUGCCAAGGAGGAAUGAGCCCACGUGAAUUGGUGUCAAAGCUAAACAACCCUGUUAUUUUAUUGCGAAAACUGGAUCCAUCAAUUGGCUUAUGUAAUGGAACAAGACUAAUCUAUAGGAAAUUCAUGCCAAACCUUAUUCAAUGUGAAAUUUCUACUAGAUUUUCUAAGGGUGAUUUUAUCUAUUACCUCGAAUUACGCUUAGGGCACCAGAUGCAGCAGGCUAUCCAUUCUAAUUCCAAAGAAUGCAAUUUCCCAUUAAGUGUGCUUUGCCAUGACAGUCAAUAA